AUGUCGCAAAAGGACCAACUCAAUCCACACUCUUUAGCAGUUUCACCUCAUCGCUUCACCACUGACCACGCAGCCACAACACCUGUCUCCGUGCCACCUGCUAUUGGAUCCUCAUCUACAUCUUAUUCUCCAGGACAUCAAGGUGCCUCCCCGAAAUCAGCUUUUAUUAAAUCAAAUUCCACUUCACCUGCUUCAGCAAAAUCACCAGCCAAUAAAUCGUACGGUAUUGAUCGCAGAACUACGCCCCCGACUUUGAUAUAUAAUAGCAUCAAAUCAGAAGCUUCAGACAGCUUUAGCUCCUCCCCCAUUCACGAAUCAACCGAAGCUACAGCACAAACACCCCCCACUUUGGGUAUUUUAGACAAAAAAGCACAACGUAACCCAGGGAGUAGAUUGUACAGUUCAUCAAUAGCUAACCAAGCAAAUGAGCAGAAGCUCAGGCAGGGUAUAAACAGAUCCCAUGCUUAUAUUCAGGACCAAUUCCAAGCAGACGAAUUAGGGCCGCCUCCUCCUCAAGCAGUGGCUGUUAGUGCCGGCGCGUUAACCUCUCAGGAGUACAACGUUAGUGUCCCAGGAAACACUGGUGGCAGUACAGUCCGUGUUACUUAUAACUCGGGCCAGAUCCUCCAGCAAAUCCGGGAAUCUAGUCCCAGUCAUCAAGCAGGCAAAGAUACGCCUCCAUCCUACUCAGAACUUCAGUCACAUCGCCAGAAAAAAUCUGCCGGAGGAAGCGUUCCUAGUCUCCCACAUGUGCGGUUUCAACAUUCGGACACGCCCCAUUUGUCCACAUUUGGUCACUCAACUUCCCUGUCUUCUCACCUAACUCCUCUAGGGCAGUCAGCUCUGACAUCCCACAAUUCAGCUUUAGGUCAGUCAACUUCAGACCUCAUUCAUCUGGGCCAAAGAGCAUCCAUACAGUCUCACUUGUCCUCACUAGGAGGCUCAGUCUCCCACUCCAGCAACCAAUACGAUACACCACAGCACCUCCUUCCUACCGAAGAUGUUGAAGUCUUUUUCCACGAUCUAGACGGGUCGAGACAAUCCACUUCCGUAAUGGCUGUGGACAGCAGAGGUCAAGGGCUGACCGGUGCCCAGUAUAUAACCAGUACAGAGUCUGAUAACAUAAGUUACGCACACCUGAACAACUCACCUUUGAAUCCUGGACAAUCAAUUAUGUUCUAUGGUGGUCAUAGUUCUAGGGCACGUCUCCUGACACUGCAGCCGCCAUCGUACUCUGAGAGUCCUAGACAUGUGAGUCAGCACUCGGCCUAUCUGUCUUCGAUACCCUCGCUGUUUGAUACUUCCUCCCGUCAGACAUCUUUGACUUCUACAGCAAACAGCUACAAUAACGGUCACGCUCAUUCGCCAGCUCCUCAAGCAUGGGGUCAAACAACCAACGAAGCCAUCUACACCAGCCUGCCUGGCUCUCUCCAGGAGAACCUCAAAUACCAGUACGGCAUACCAGAAGGUGGUGGCGAGAUCACUUUACUUCCAUCAACGCGUACAGAGUCGGCACUGUCCCGCCAGUUGUCCAGACCCCCAGCAGCCAUUUCCGACAACUACGGCAGCCGUAUUCUUGCAAGUGGCGCCAAUUCUGCCUUCGUUUCCGGUUACGUAAACCCUGAAAUACACAGCUGGAGCUACAUGGGAGUUGGAGACAGCCGUGGGGUCAAAGAUGCAGCAGACGACUACUACGGAGUGGUGGAAGGCAGAGAAUGCGUCAACUGCGGCACAAUUUCCACCCCGCUGUGGAGGAGGGACAGCACUGGCCACUACUUGUGCAACGCCUGCGGCCUGUACAACAAAUCGAUCAAUGGGCUCACACGGCAGCCAAUGGAAGAGGACAACUCCGAGACGUCCCCGCAGCAAGCCUCGCCGUCGACCCCGCCUCCGUCUCAGGUGACCAAUGCCCUGGCGAUGCAGUCAGCCCAGGGGCAUGGCCAGGCUGUGUUCCAGUACAAGAGUCCUGAUGAAGACGAACAAAGGUCGAAGAAAUAUAACGAUCUCAAAUAUGAGAAGUCCGGACAGCGUAGAAUGGGCUUGUGCUGCGCCAACUGCAACACGACCACCACCACCUUGUGGAGACGGAAUGGAGAAGGGGAACCUGUCUGUAACGCCUGCGGCUUGUACUACAAACUACAUCAG